GACCUCGACUAUGCUCUCGUCCUCUCCGCGUGCUCAUCUCGCUCCCCUCCCUCCAAGUAGUGCCCCUGAUGGUUUUGAGACUCGAUCUAUCAACGAAAAUCGCUCUAGAAGUGGUACACCACGUCGUCCAACCACAGAUGCUUUGGCUUUAGGUGAUGAGGAGACGGAUAGCCGACAGGAACAGGAAGCGGCUCGGAGGAGGAGGAAGAUCGCGAGAGGUCAGCAAAAUACUGAUAUUCCAUUUGUCAGAGAUAAUAUUGGCGAAACUCUUACCGAGACGUUUGAGCAAUUCCUCAGAACUUUUACUGAGGACGUUGCUCUUGCUCAAACGCCGCGAUCAGACGGUGGUAUUCCAGAUGUUCCCGAAGGAGAGCUCUAUUAUAUCCAGCAAAUUCACGAGAUGCGUGAAAACGAGUUCUGUACACUAUAUGUGGAUUACGGUCACAUCCUUGCGAAGGACGACGAACUCGCCACCGCGAUUCAAAGCCAGUACUAUCGUUUCAUGCCAUACCUCUGUCGGGCUGUUCAUAACCUCGUAGCCGAGUUUGAGCCAGAAUACCUAAAGAUCAAUCCCACGGCAGCUAGGACAGAUUCAACCAAUCUUCAGUCGCGGGAGUUUUACGUCGCUUUCUAUCAUCUUCCGCUAAUUCAUGGGAUAAGGGACCUCCGAACCGAUCAUAUUGGCACUCUCAUGAGUAUUAGUGGCACUGUAACUCGUACAAGCGAAGUUCGUCCUGAACUUCUCUUUGGCACUUUCAUCUGCCAAGUCUGCGGAGGGAUCAUCAAUGACGUCGAGCAACAAUUUAAAUACACCGAGCCCUCCCUAUGCCCAAACCCAAAAUGUGGAAACCGUGCAGCAUGGGAUCUACAAAUCGAUUCUUCUAAAUUCUCAGACUGGCAGAAAGUAAGGAUUCAGGAGAACCCAUCCGAAAUUCCUACCGGCUCUAUGCCUCGCUCCUUGGAUGUAAUACUACGAUCAGAACUUGUGGAACGAGCGAAAGCCGGCGACAAGUUCGUCUUCACUGGUACAUUUAUUGUUGUACCUGAUGUGAGCCAACUUGGACUUCCGGGUGGACAAAAGGCUGAAGUACAACGACAAGCGAAUCGCGCUGCCCCUGAUGGUACUACUGGUGGAAUUGCCGGUGGAGUGACAGGAUUAAAAUCUCUUGGUGUUCGAGAUCUACAGUAUAAGACGGCUUUCUUGGCGUGUAUGGCGCAUGAUGCGGAUGCGAGGUCCGGAAACAACAUUCGAGGGGAGCAGGAUGGUGGAGAAAGUGGCCAACAGGACUUUGUCCAGUCACUUACAGAGCCGGAGUAUGAAGAGCUGUCAGCCAUGAUCAACACUGAGGACAUUGUUUCUCGACUUGUCGAGAGCGUUGCACCUACUGUUUAUGGUCAUGAAAUAGUCAAGAAAGGUUUACUCCUGCAACUUCUGGGAGGUGUACACAAAGAGACCGCAGAAGGGAUGCAUCUUCGAGGAGAUAUCAAUAUCUGCAUUGUGGGAGACCCGUCUACCUCAAAAUCUCAAUUUCUGAAGUAUAUCUGUGGCUUUCUCCCUCGCGCGGUCUACACUUCUGGGAAAGCGUCGUCUGCCGCCGGUCUAACGGCUGCUGUAGUUAAGGACGAGGAAACGGGUGAUUUUACUAUCGAAGCCGGAGCUCUGAUGCUAGCAGACAAUGGCAUCUGUGCUAUUGAUGAGUUCGACAAAAUGGACAUCGCUGACCAAGUCGCUAUUCACGAAGCAAUGGAACAGCAAACUAUCUCCAUUGCGAAGGCCGGAAUUCAUGCUACACUCAACGCCAGGACCUCGAUCCUUGCUGCGGCCAACCCAAUUGGAGGACGAUAUGACAGAAAGAAAUCGCUGAGGGCCAACGUACAAAUGACCGCCCCCAUCAUGAGCCGCUUCGACCUUUUCUUUGUUGUCCUUGACGAUUGCGACGAGAAGACGGACGAAAAUAUCGCUCGACAUAUUGUUGACGUGCACAGAUAUCAGGACGACGCCAUCAACCCUGUAUACAGCACGGAGUCACUGCAGAGAUACAUCCGAUAUGCGCGUACAUUCAAUCCAAAGUUAACGCCAGAAGCUGCUGAUGUUUUAGUCGAGAAGUAUCGCAUACUCCGUCAAGAUGAUGCCGUCGGUGCGGGACGGAAUUCUUAUCGUAUCACGGUUCGGCAACUGGAGAGUAUGGUUCGAUUGAGUGAGGCUAUUGCAAGAGCUCACUGUAGCCAUGAGAUACAGCCCACCUAUGUCCGCGAGGCUUAUUCUCUACUGCGGCAAUCGAUCAUUCACGUAGAACAAGAUGAUAUUGACUUCGAUCAAGAAGAGCUACGGGGAGAACGUAGUGAGGUACCUCAGAAGGCAGAAGAUGCAGACGAUGAAUCUCAGGACGUGGAAAUGUCGGCUGUAGACAUGGACACGACGGACCAGAUAGACGGGGGAUCGAGAACGGUAACGCACACGGAUGGCGCAACCGUGGCUUCAUCUUCUUCUCAAGUCCUUCGAGUUCCCGAACCUGCAACACCUGCUGCUGGGACAAAGAAACGAAUGGUGAUAACGCAUGACAAAUUCAUGACCUUAAGGAGUCUUAUUGUCUACCAUCUGUCGGAAGUCGAACGUGAAACCAAGCAGGGACUUGAUAGAGACGAGCUCAUCGAUUGGUAUUUGGAAGAGAAGGAGGGAGAGAUGCAGGACAUUGAAGAUUUGGAAUAUGAAAAAGAACUCGUAACGAAAGUGCUCAGGAAAUUGGUUAAGGAUAACUACCUCCUUGAAGUGAGGGGAGAUGUACAAGACUCUUUACCGUCAAUAGACGAAUCUUCGCAAAAUGCACAGACAUCGUCGACCGCAGCAGAAGGAGAGAACAUGAAGGUUUACUACAUGGUCCACCCCUCCGUGGAUACUGAAGAAUCAUCUUCAUUUGCUUAACCUCAAUCUACCCCUUACUCUCUCAUUUUAAUCUGGUUCAUGUAUCCUAAACUGUAGAAUAAUUGUUGUAUCUGUAUCUUGGUUGUUUCAUUCUUGUCUGUCAGAAACAGGAGCCAUAUUGGGUAGCAUGUCCGAUCCGUUGACCC